AGACGACUUAGAAUUGUGUUCGACUUAUUUGCGGAAGGUUCGUGGUAUCGUCUAACAGCUCGUAUAUUGAAAAAAAAAUAAUAAAAAGGAAGAAUUAAUUGUAAAAAAAACUAUUUCAAGUCAUUUAAAUUAGUGAAAAGUCAAGUAAUAGCAUUGUUAUUAGUGGAAUUAAAAUUCAAUUGAUCGGAAUCCAUUGAAAUUACUAACGUUAAGUGUUACAAAUGUGGAAAAAUAUCUAAGUGAAAAAUUUUUCUUCUUAUUUAUCCAUACAAAUACAUGUAUAUGCGUACAUAUUUAUAGAAUAUGUGUACGUACAAAAUUCAAAUAUCCCCUGUAUGUUAUGUUAUAAAUUUAGAUUAAAUUUUUUAUAUCACAUAUAAAUGCGUGUUUUAAAAAAUACCUGAAAUAUAUAUGGAUGAAUCUAAAUGAAAAUAGAAAAUUAAUACACAAAGUGAAAUCAGUUAUUAUAGCCUAUGCCCUAUAGUGACCUAUAAGUAAAUGGUGUAAUUUAAUGAUUUUAUUUAGUGUGAGUUGGCAACCCUGGAGUGCCUCGGUUUCGUAGCGUUUACUAGGGGAUGUCGCAAACAAUUCCAACAACACUAACACCGGACAGUUCAACAUUUAACAUCUAUACAACCGAGACACCAGAUGAAGUAAUCUGCUUACAAGGCAGAAAAUGGUGGUGCUUCCUGCUUUCCAGCAUAUUUACGUUUAUAGCUGGGCUGUCGGUUGUGCUUCUUUGGCGAGUAUUCGCCUUUAUUUGCUGUCGAAAAGAACCUGAACUUGCUCCAAAUGAUCCGAAACAGAAAGAGCAGAAGGCGAAUCGCCAAGGCAAACAGGAGUUUGAGGGGACUUUUAUGACCGAGGCCAAAGAUUGGGCUGGCGAACUCAUAUCUGGUCAAACUACCACUGGUCGAAUUUUGGUGGUCCUAGUUUUCAUCCUUAGCAUCGCAUCCCUUAUUAUUUACUUUAUUGAUGCAUCUAGCGAAUAUGUGGAAGUGUGUACACAUUUUAGCGAAAACAUAACACAACAAAUCGAUCUCGCAUUUAAUAUAUUUUUCAUGGUGUACUUUUUUAUACGAUUUAUUGCGGCAUCAGAUAAACUAUGGUUUAUGCUAGAAAUGUACAGUUUCGUAGAUUAUUUUACAAUACCCCCGUCCUUUGUAUCCAUAUAUUUACAGAGAACAUGGAUCGGUCUGCGAUUUUUAAGAGCGCUACGUCUUAUGACUGUUCCAGAUAUUUUACAAUAUUUAAAUGUAUUAAAAACGUCAAGUUCAAUAAGACUGGCACAAUUAGUUUCUAUUUUUAUAUCGGUUUGGUUGACAGCUGCUGGAAUAAUUCAUUUGUUGGAAAACUCUGGCGAUCCAUUCGAAUUCAGCAAUUCACAAAAACUAUCCUACUGGACUUGUGUGUACUUUCUUAUAGUCACAAUGUCAACAGUUGGUUAUGGCGAUGUGUUUUGUGUAACUAUCUUAGGACGGACAUUCUUAGUAUUUUUCUUACUGGUCGGCUUGGCAAUAUUCGCAAGUUGUAUACCAGAGAUAAUAGACUUGAUUGGAACUAGAAACAAAUAUGGGGGCACUUUGAAGAACGAAAAAGGGCGAAGGCAUAUUGUUGUGUGUGGCCACAUCACAUACGAAUCAGUGUCUCAUUUUCUGAAGGACUUCCUGCACGAGGACAGAGAGGACGUGGACGUCGAAGUUGUGUUUUUGCAUCGGAAACCACCUGACUUGGAGUUAGAGGGUUUAUUCAAGCGACAUUUCACAACGGUGGAAUUCUUCCAAGGGACUAUUAUGAAUCCAAUAGAUCUUCAACGCGUUAAGGUACACGAAGCUGAUGCCUGUUUGGUUUUGGCCAAUAAAUAUUGCCAGGAUCCAGAUGCUGAAGAUGCUGCCAAUAUAAUGAGAGUGAUUUCUAUUAAAAACUAUAGUGACGAUAUUAGAGUUAUCAUUCAAUUAAUGCAAUAUCAUAAUAAGGCUUAUUUAUUAAAUAUUCCAUCCUGGGAUUGGAAACAAGGAGACGAUGUUAUUUGUCUAGCCGAAUUGAAAUUAGGUUUCAUUGCCCAAAGUUGUUUGGCACCCGGAUUUUCGACGAUGAUGGCCAAUCUGUUCGCCAUGAGAUCGUUUAAAACGUCUCCAGAUACACAGGCAUGGCAAAAUGACUACCUUCAGGGUACAGGAUGUGAGAUGUAUACUGAAACCCUAUCGCCCUCAUUUACUGGCAUGACAUUCCCACAAGCGAGCGAAUUAUGUUUUACCAAAUUAAAACUGCUUCUGCUGGCAAUUGAGAUCAAGGCCACCGAAGAAGGAUCAGACAGCAAAAUAUCGAUAAAUCCACGUGGUGCCAAAAUUCAAGCCAACACUCAAGGCUUUUUCAUUGCUCAGAGUGCGGACGAAGUGAAACGGGCCUGGUUUUACUGUAAAGCAUGCCACGAUGACAUUAAGGAUGAAACACUCAUCAAGAAGUGUAAAUGUAAAAACUUAACUGCUCAACCGAGGAACAAAUUUGGUGACUUAGAUGUGGGCAUGAUUAUGAUGCAGACGGGAAUGGUAAAACAAGGUCUUAAUUCAAUCUGUCACACUUAUCUCGACGUGGCCACCUUCAGGAAAGGCGUCCGAGCCGUUCAAAUGGUAGGACGUGCAAAUGAUGACUACUCAAUUUCAAAUGAUCAUCAUCCGGCCCCUACAUUUACGCCACCUGAACUACCGAAAAGGGUACAUGUGCGCGGAAUAACUGCCGGCGAUAUCACUCGUGACAGAGAGGAUAUUAAUUUAAUCAAUCGAAAUCGACGAACAAAUGGAGGUUUAUCGGGAUCAACACUACAAAUGAAUAAUACUCAGCAAGCAAAUUCUCAUAAUAUGAAUUCAAUAAAACAAGUUAACAAAGUCAAACCAAAUGUAAAUAGACAACCACCUGAAAGUGCUGUAUCGCCAUCAACGUAUAAUAGGCCUACGGAUCCUACGGAAGCUAAUCCGUAUGCGGGCUAUCAACUCGCUUAUGAAGUGAAAAAACUCAUGCCUACGAGUCGUGGAAGUGGGUCUGGAACUCAACCUGGUAAUGGUGUUUCGAUGCCCGCUGGUAUAGCAGACGAUCAAUCCAAAGAUUUCGAUUUCGAAAAAACUGAAAUGAAAUAUGACUCGACCGGUAUGUUUCACUGGAGUCCGGCUAGAGUUUUAGAAGACUGCAUUCUGGAUCGUAAUCAAGCCGCAAUGACUGUACUGAAUGGGCAUGUUGUUGUAUGUUUAUUCGCUGAUCCAGACUCACCUUUAAUCGGAUUAAGAAAUUUAGUUAUGCCAUUACGUGCAUCUAAUUUUCACUAUCACGAAUUAAAGCAUGUAGUGAUUGUUGGUUCAGUCGAAUACAUUCGACGGGAAUGGAAAAUGUUGCAAAAUCUACCUAAAAUUUCGGUACUCAAUGGUUCACCAUUAAGUCGAGCUGAUCUCAGAGCCGUCAAUGUUAAUUUAUGUGAUAUGUGCUGCAUAUUAUCGGCCAAAGUUCCUAGCAACGACGAUCCAACAUUAGCUGAUAAAGAGGCUAUAUUAGCAUCGUUGAAUAUUAAAGCAAUGACGUUUGACGAUACGAUAGGCGUUUUGAGUCAACGUGGUCCGGAAUUCGAUAAUUUAAAUGCAGCCGGCAGUCCAAUUGUCUUACAGCGAAGGGGUUCAGUUUACGGGGCUAACGUACCGAUGAUAACUGAAUUGGUAAACGAUAGUAAUGUCCAAUUCCUUGAUCAAGAUGACGAUGAUGAUCCUGACACAGAAUUGUAUUUAACUCAACCAUUUGCCUGUGGUACAGCGUUCGCUGUCAGUGUAUUAGAUUCUUUAAUGUCAACAACAUAUUUUAAUCAAAAUGCCUUAACUCUGAUUCGGUCACUAAUUACUGGGGGUGCCACACCUGAACUGGAAUUAAUUUUGGCAGAAGGUGCUGGCUUGAGAGGAGGUUACAGCACAACAGAUAGUUUAAGUAACCGUGACAGAUGUCGCGUUGGUCAAAUUUCAUUAUAUGAUGGUCCGUUAGCUCAAUUUGGUGAAGCCGGCAAAUAUGGAGAUCUGUUUGUGGCGGCAUUGAAAUCGUAUGGAAUGUUAUGCAUAGGAUUAUACAGGUUUCGUGACACCAGUUCGAGUUGCGAUGCCAGUAGUAAACGAUAUGUCAUUACAAAUCCUCCGGACGAUUUCUCUUUAUUACCAACGGAUCAGGUGUUCGUAUUAAUGCAAUUCGAUCCUGGUUUGGAAUAUAAACCACCAUCAGUUAGACGUACAACAAAUAAUUCGCAAGGUUCUGGGGUUGGUGGUGGAGGAUCAAAUAAAGAUGAUAAUUCUUGACUGUUGUUGUGUAGCGCCUUAACAGAUGGUCCCUAUUCAUACAUAUGAACGACGAAUAUUCAUCAAUUUUGUACACUUUAUAGCGAACAAAUUUGUGUUCCAUUCUCCGACCCAUGUUUAUUGUUUUGUUGGGUUUUUUCUUCUUUUUCAUUUAAAUUUACAAUUCACUAUUCACUCACAUGAUUUGUUUCAUUAAAAGAAUCUUUGUAUCUUUGUUGUAUCUUUUUCGUUUUAAACCAUUUUUCUUUGAAACAAUUACUGAAAAUGCUAUAUCGUGUACAUAAAACCAAAGUCCAAGGAAAUAGCAUUUCUUAUAAAUUUAUAAAUUUUCAGUUGGAACUAGAAAAUGUAAUUAAGGAAGAAAAGAAUAAACAAAAAACCAAAAAUGUAUAACAAUUUAUACGAAUGCUAUUUCCUCCGAUAAACCUCGUCUUUCAUGUGAACAAUUGCUUCCCACACCAUUCCGAGAUAUUAAAAAAAAAU